UUGACAGUUGUCAAAACCGUUACACGUGUUUUUCUAAGACCAAAAAAUUGUAUCAAAUUGAUAGCGUUUUUUGUUACAAUAAACUUUCUGGACGAAUUAUUACAUGUUUAAUUGAUUUGUGGUGGUUUUUUGUGCAAAAUGUCGAUGCUUGCCGAACGUAAAGUCAAGCAACGGUGGUCUUUGAACCCUCGUGGCAAGGACUGGAGUGACGAUUCGAGUAAAUUUGGGCAAAAAAUGCUCGAAAAAAUGGGCUGGUCCAAGGGCAAGGGCUUGGGGGCUAAAGAGAACGGAAUUGUGGAACACGUUAAAAUUUCUUACAAGAAUGACAGUAAAGGCAUGGGGUACAAGGAAACCAACGACCAGUGGACUGAACACGACAGUAAUUUCAACGCCUUGCUUCAGUCGCUUCCGGGGGCGAAGCCCGAGUCAAAUGACGUCAAAAUCGCCUCACUUGAGCAAAAAUCGCAAAGUUCACGCGUACGCGUCCACUAUAAAAAAUUCACCAGAGGCAAAGACUUGAGUCGUUGUAGUGAGAAAGAUUUAGCCAACAUUUUCGGAAAAAAAAGCCUGAAAGAGGCGCCAAAAACGCCCGAAACUGAAGAAAUUCACGAAGAAAAAAGUAAUUUCAGUCAUAACGGUUCUAUGGUUGAUUAUUUCAAAAAAAAGUUACCAAAUUUUGGGAAAAAGAACGGUUACGUGAUUGGUAACAAUGGCGUGCUGAAGAAAGAGUCAGAAUCGGAGGAAGAAAGCUACAAUGGAUUCGGUUUUAAAACACCGAAGAAAAUUAAAAAAGAAAAUGAAGGGUUGAGUAAUCCGGCUUUUGAUCCACUUUGUGGCAGUGUUGAGGUGCAAAAGCACGUCUUGAAUACAAUUAAAGAAGAAAUUGAAGAUGGAGUCAAAAUUAGUGAAGAAAAUGAUACUUUUGUUGUCGAAGAAAGCAACAAAACGCAAAAUGUUGAAGAAAGUGACGCUCAAACUAGCAAAAAAAAGAAGAAAAAGAAGAAUGAAGAUUCGUUUCCGAUUGACGAACGGGAAACAAGUGACAAUUUUGAGGUGAAAAGGAAGAAGAAAAAUAGGAAUAGUGAAGAUUGCAAACCAGGUGGUGAUUCUGAAGUCAAAAGAAAGAAGAAAAGGAAGAAUAAUGAAGAUUCGUUGGCGAUUGACAACCCAAAUUUUGACAUUAAUUGUACAUAUGAUUGUGACAAUAGUUCGAGUAACGAUUUUGAAGUCAAAAGAAAGAAGAAAAAGAAGAAUAAUGAAGAUACGGUGGCGAUUGACAAUCCAAGCUUUGAUUUUGCAACAAGUGAGCUUGGAAAUAGUCAAAGAAGUGCCGAUUUUGAAGUUAAAAGGAAGAAGAAAGUGAAGAAAAGUGAAGAUUCGGUGGCUAUUGACAACCCCAGCUUUGAUUUUGCAACAAGUGAGCUUGGGAAUAGUCAAAGAAGUGCCGAUUUUGAAGUUAAAAGGAAGAAGAAAGUGAAGAAAAGUGAAGAUUCGGUGGCUAUUGACAACCCCAGCUUUGAUUUUGCAACAAGUGAGCUUGGGAAUAGUCAAAGAAGUGCCGAUUUUGAAGUUAAAAGGAAGAAGAAAGUGAAGAAAAGUGAAGAUUCGGUGGCUAUUGACAACCCCAGCUUUGAUUUUGCAACAAGUGAGCUUGGGGAUAGUCAAAUGAGUGCCGAUUUUGAAGUUAAAAGAAAGAAGAAAGUGAAGAAAAGUGAAGAUUCGGUGGCUAUUGACAACCCCAGCUUUGAUUUUGCAACAAGUGAGCUUGGGGAUAGUCAAAUGAGUGCCGAUUUUGAAGUUAAAAGAAAGAAGAAAGUGAAGAAAAGUGAAGAUUUGGUGGCUAUUGACAACCCCAGCUUUGAUUUUGCAACAAGUGAGCUUGGGGAUAGUCAAAUGAGUGCCGAUUUUGAAGUUAAAAGAAAGAAGAAAGUGAAGAAAAGUGAAGAUUCAGUGGCUAUUGACAACCCCAGCUUUGAUUGUACAACCAGUGAGCAUGAAAACAGUCAAGUGGGCAGCGAUUUUGCAGUUAGAAGAAAGAAGAAAAGGAAGAUUGAAGAUUCGUUUGCCAUUGUCAACCCAAAUUUUGACAUUAAUAGUACAAAUGGUUGCGACUCCACUCCAAGUAAUGAUUUUGAAGUCAAACGGAAGAAAAAGAAGAAAAGUGAAGAUACAGAUAAGUCUAUAGAUAAUCCAAGUUUCAACGGUUCGCUAAAUGACAGUCAGAAAGAAGAACCAGAGGCCACUUUCGAUUUAAUUUUAAACGUGACAGCGACCCCGGUUGCCCCCCCACCCCCUCUGAAACUUUCUUCAAUUAAACGAAGAAAGAGCGUCCGGUUUAGUGACGUAAAUGAAGAACGUAUAAUUCCAAACAAUGGAGAUUUGGAAAAUCGAAACGAACUUUUCGAUAUUAAUUCACAAGUCAUUCAAAAUGGACUUAAUAACAGUGUGGACCAAGAUGUUGAAGAAAUGUCGAAGAAAUUUGACGGGUUUCAGGCCGAAAUCGAGAACGAUAUGAACGAAGCCAAAGCUAGGAGAUUUGUUGGUCAAGUUGGCGAUCCUAGGGGGGAGAAUGAAAAGUUACCAAAUGGUACCAAACUUAAAUUUAAAUAUGCGAAGUUUGGGAGAACACCGCCAUGGGCUAGAAAUACCACGAAAGCGAAAAGUUCAUACAAGCAUUUGAUCAAAGGGGAUAUAAUUUUAAGUUUUAAUAACACAAAUUUACAUGAAAUUGUAGGUUACGGGAAUAAAUAAAGCUUUUAUUAAGUA